AUGUCGGUCAUCUCUGCUUCUCCUCCCAAAUCGAAGCUACUCAUCUCACGAGGCCAAGGUCCUUUCAAGCCGGAUAACAAAGGAAUACGGACGCACUACUUUAAUCGCACAGUAGAGAUGCUAAUACCGAUUCCACGUGAUCUAUCGCCAGAAUCCAUAACAGAGAUAUCUGCUCAUCUACGUCGUCAUUCCUUCCAGUAUCAGCAGAUUGUCAUUGCACCAACUCAAUUGAUUGCUCCUGCGUUUCUGGACAAGUAUAUACGGAAAUGUUGGACGACAGCCCUAACGUGUGAUGCACAAAUUGAUGCUGGUGAUGUUAUAGCAAUCACUCCUGAUGGUAAAAAGACGAGAAUGACGAUCUUGUGGCUGGAUGCAAGCUCGUACUUACGCCCUUCUGCCUCUUCCUUCUUCUCCAAAGGUCGCAUGAUUCUCAACCUAACCAAAGACACAUACGAGAGAGCUGGAUUGGUUGGCAAAAAGUGCAAAUUCAAUGAGUCUGCUGAACGAUUUAACGUGACUAUAGACAUUGCAAACACCUCCUUCAGUCCAAAAUCCAAACUCUACGACCGUGUGUUAUGGUGCUUGACACAUACAAUGACAACCUCAAGGACAUUCUUCGUAUCCUGUCAUGACAGAGAGACUGGUGAACCUGUAAAAGUCACAUUCGAACAACAGCAUGCCAGUACGAAAGAAUACACUACACCUGCCCAAAUACGGCAAAUGGAGGGCAUCAUGAUUCCAGAUAUCGGCACUUCACUAAAGACGCAAACUGAAGUGAAAUAUGCUGGCAUGUCAAAAGAUGAGAAGGAGGAAGAGAAUUCGAGGCUGGAGGAGUUGUUUGAGUGGUUGGGGAUGGUCGAGUUAGGUUCACCAAGAGUGUCGUUUAUGAGCCAAACCAAUCCAUUCAUAUGCGUAUAUGAACCACCGCCGACCUCGGCAUCAGGAACUCUGCUUGCAUGUAGAUGGCAGUCUAGUUUCAUUUCAUGUUUGUCUAUACAACGUGUGGUGGACGAUCUGCAAAAAACAAUUACAGUGCAUUCAAUACCUUGGGCAAGUGUCAUGGUAUGGGGUUUUGCAGACGCCCCAGUAUCAUGGGACACGUACGAACAUGGAUACUUCGCCAAUGGAGAGAACGAUUAUGCUUGUGUAUUUGGAAAGGAUUCUGGAUGGCUGUUGUAUCAAGCUGUUGGAUCGUUUGAUUCUGCAGCAUAG